AUGGAAAACGUAAGUCACCAGACAAGCCUACAAAUGCAUCGCUCUUUCGAUAGUUCAUCUGAUACUAACAACCAGAAACGUCAGUUCCAAAGACGUGACAACCGGUCCAAUGAUAGGGGCGAUAGACCCAGAAAUGACAGAAACAGAAACGACAAGGACAGACGGGGCAACAACAAUAAACAGGACCGCCCAAAGAAAGAGGCCAUUCUUGACUUGCAGAAAUACUAUGGACAACAAGUUCAGGUCAAGUUUAUCGGCGGUAGAUAUGUUGUUGGAGUGUUGAAGGGAUUCGAUCAGUUGAUGAACUUGGUUCUUGAAGAUGUAGUUGAGACAUUGAGAGACCCCGAAGAUGAGUCUAUGUUGACAGAGCAAACAAGAGAGUUGGGCACUGUGAUUGUGCGUGGGCCACAGAUGUUGACCCUUUCGCCAUUGCAUGGAACGGAGAGCAUUUCCAACCCAUUUGCUGCUCCACAGGAGUAG